UAUUAAAAAGUACUGACUCAACUCGACACAAUCUCACAGAAACCGAUACACAAAACAUCAAUCCAACACAGUCAUCGCUCUUCGGCCCUCCCAGCACAACACAUCACACCGACACCGGCAGCGUGACAAAUGAUUUUCCCGCGUGUGAAAUGAAUCCACCGUUUUGAUUUACUGCUCCCGGUAUCGGAUUGACGGUUCACCACGCGCACUGCACAAACAAACCUCUGCAACUUUGCGCUGACUGCACUGCAAAGCCAUUUAUUUGCACAAAAGCAGUAAAGCACGCUGAAACGUUAAAUCUCCCUACAUAAACAUUAAGCAACGCGGACCGAACACAUCCUUGCCUUUUUGCACCCGCUAAUUGAGGUUCAGGUUCGAGGUUUUCUUCUCGAAGCUAUGUUUUGUUCGGCUUGCCAAUGAACCGAGAUGACACACGAAGCUCCUAAACAUAACCACGAUGAGUCAGGGCACGGUUAUUCGCCUCGGCAGCGAAACCCCAAAACAAGCAACAUUUUGACUUCGCUGAGAUAGGGGCAGGGUUGUCACAUUAGCAUCAUCUUAAUCAUCAACAUCAUCAACAACAACAACAGCUCUCAUUCCCAACCGGCUUUUGUAUUGGUGUGAGAGCAUCGAUCGACUGUCUGUUGCCGGUUCGUAGGGAGCGAUCUGCCUUUAAAAGAUCGUUACGAUCGUGUCCGGCUUAAACAAACGCUACACAGCUACCGUUAGAGCGAAGUGUUCAAAGUGCGUGUGUGUGAGAGAGAGAGGGACAUAGAAGCACCGCGAAGGCUAUUUUUGUGCGUUGCGAUUGUAUUGUGAGACGCACACGCGGGUUUCGAAGACAAUUUAACGCCGGCAAGCGAACAACGACGUGCUAAACGUGCUAGUCGACUGCCGGUCGCGAACCAGUCCGAGUGAAGCCGUGCACGGGAAAGGAACAACUCUGCAGCAGCAGCAAAAGCAGCAACUUUAAAGUGCGAUUCGUUGGUUAUUUUUUGUGAAGCCUAGCCUGAAGUAUACGCAACGAUGGCCCUUGCCGAGAACACCACCAAGACGGAAAUGACGCUGACGGAAACCUCUACGCCCGUCAUCUCGAAGGAGGUGAUCACCGAGCGGACGACGGCCGACGGCCUGUCGGAGAAGAACAUCACCCAGUCGAAGAGCUACGGUUCGGCGAGCGAAAAGUCCAUGGUGGAGGAGUCGGCCAACUCGAUCACCAAGAAGCACGAAAAGUCCGAAUCGGCCUUCGCGUCGGAGCGCAGCGUUACCGAGUCGGUUUCGGACGGUGGUGCACUGGCGUCAUCGCUGCUGUCCUCCUCCUCGCUGAGCAGCUCCGUCACCAGCAGCAAGGUGGUGUCGUCCUCGUUCAGCUCGUCCACAUCGUCGUCGAUCUCGUCCUCCAUCAAGUCGUCCUCGUUCGAUUCCAGCACCGCGAUCGACGAGUUCUUCAAGAACUGAUGAUCGGGAGGGAAGAAUCUCUCUCGCUUUGUGAUCACUAUUUUAUGUUGUAUGUGUAAUUUUGUAAUCCCCAUUUAAAAAAAAACCAAGAUGUGCUCAGCAGAAACAAAUUGUAACCCAAAUGAGGUGGCCUUUCAUGUACAUCUCCCAUCUAUCUACUGUCGUUCGAAUGGAUCAACAAAACAUAACUUAAUCGCUAGCAUCAACAAUGUGUUCUGAGUAAAACGGAAAAGGAGGAGAAUGGAAAAAGGAAAAUAAAGAAACAAAUUCAACUCAAACACACGACACGGAACGGUGUGUUGUUGCAAAA